CCCCUGCUCUAGUGCCCGGGGCUUGCAGAGCCUCGCUGCGGGCUGUGCGGCGGGAGCCUCGCGCGCUCCCGGGCAGCCCAUGGAGGGGGUGACGGGUCCGCUCCGCGAGUCCCUGCAGCACGCCCCGGGUCGGGGCCGCAGCCCCUGUCCGAGCGCGCGCGCCCACCCCUGCCUCGGAGCCCGCCCGCCCAGGCCGGGCACAGAGAUGCCCCAGCCGCACUGACUUCUUCUAUCUGCCCCAGGCGAGCCCCGCUGGGUGACUCCUUGUACUGCCAACAUUUACAGGGCAAGGGGUGGCUGAGGGCGGCCGCCCCAUGCUCGGUUCAUCUCGGGUAGCAUGUGAGUGUCAGAGCCGGGCGUGCACUAGCCGGAGUGCUGCUGGUUGGCCGACAAGAGACAGAGAGAGAGCCGAAACUCCGGAUGCCCUCGAGUUUGGGGGGUUGAAAUGAGGCGAUGACAGCGCUUGUUGAGGGGAACCAAGAGCACAGGGAGUGUCUAGUUUCUGUUUAUCCUUGAAUGGGACAGACUGAACUGAACAACAACAUUUUCUUCCAAGAUGUCACACUAGGGAUGUAACAUCCCGAACAGGUAGACAAGAAGAAUCUGGGAACUAAGCAAUCUGAGAGGAGACUUGCUUUAAUGAUCUCUAGGUGUGUCUCUCUUUGUGUAAACAUUUAUCAUCCAAAAUUGGAUUUGGGGUAGGUCAUGUAAUUUUGCUCUCUAUACCAGCAAGGAGGAAGAUUUGUACUGGGGGAGGAAGACCAUGAGAAUUGGUGGCUAUAAAACAUUGCAUCAAUUAAUAGAAAAGGGACCUGUCAGAGACCUGUGCACUUGUUGAGAGAACCAACAACAGAAGGAACAGAUAUGGAUUCUGAUAUAAAAAUGUAGUGGAAGAAACUAUUUACUUUUUCUUGAACCUCAGAGGUUACUUAUCAAAGGGAAAGCAGAGAGAGAGUGGAGGGGGUAGAAUUACCAAGUGGAACUGGAGUAAUAUAUUCUAGAAGGUUGAAGGAGUCUAGACCAUCUUCUAGCCGGCACUAGAAAAUGGUAUUGCUGAAGUCGCCAGAUGGUGGAUGGGGCUGGGUGAUUGUCCUUGUUUCCUUCUUUACUCAGUUCUUCUGUUAUGGGUCUCCGUUAGCAGUUGGAGUCUUGUAUCUAGAAUGGCUGGAUACUUUUGGAGAAGGGAAAGGAAAGACUGCUUGGAUUGGAUCCCUUGCAAGUGGAGUUGGAUUGCUUGCCAGUCCUGUCUGUAGUGCAUGUGUGUCUUCUUUCGGAGCAAGACCUGUGACAAUCUUCAGUGGCUUUAUGGUGGCUGGGGGCCUGAUGAUGAGCAGUUUUGCACCGAAUAUAUAUUUUCUGUUUUUUUCAUAUGGAAUUAUUGUUGGGCUUGGCUGUGGCUUAUUAUAUACAGCAACAGUAACCAUCACCUGUCAGUAUUUUGAUAAACGCAGAGGCCUUGCACUUGGUUUGAUUUCAACAGGUUCAAGUGUUGGACUUUUUAUAUACGCAGCAUUACAAAGAGAACUCAUUGAGCUAUAUGGACUAGAUGGAUGUUUGCUAAUAGUUGGAGCAUUAUCUCUAAAUAUACUAGCAUGUGGCAGUCUAAUGAGACCUUUGGAGUUAUCUGAUUCCCCUUUGCCAGAAAAGUCAUGCCUAGAAAAAGUUCCAGAUCAAUACUUGAUUUACUACGAGAAAGAAAAUGUUGAAGAAAAUACAAGCAUCCUAGAAAAGGGCUACAGUGAAGAAAAAAGUGUGAAUAAUAUGUCCAGUCGUGAUUGCAAACAGGACAGCAUUUUAAAUAAGAAUGGAUUAAUAUCAAUACAUGCAAAAGAGACAGACACUUAUAAACAGAAAGUUGUAGAACAAACAUACUUUUGCAAACAGCUUGCCAAGAAGAAAUGGCAACUGUAUUUAAACUACUGGGAAGAAACGUUGUUUCUGUUUAAAAACAAAGUAUUCUCAUCACUUUUUAUUGCCAUCUUACUUUUUGACAUUGGUGGAUUUCCUCCUUCACUGCUUAUGGAAGAUGUAGCAAGAAGUUCAAACAUUAGUGAAGAAGAAUAUGUUAUGCCUCUUAUCUCCAUUAUAGGGAUUAUGACUGCAGUUGGUAAACUUGUUUUAGGAGUACUGGCAGAUUUUAAAUGGAUUAAUACUUUAUACCUAUAUGUAAUUACCUUAAUAAUGACAGGCGUGGCCUUGGUUGCAAUUCCAUUUGCCAAAAGUUACAUUAUGUUGGCAGUUCUUUCUGGAAUUUUAGGUUUUCUCACUGGGAAUUGGUCAAUUUUUCCAUAUGUAACCACAAAGACUGUGGGAAUUGAGAAACUGGCACAUGCAUAUGGGAUAUUAAUGUUCUUUGCUGGACUUGGAAAUAGCCUUGGACCACCAAUUGUUGGUUGGUUUUAUGACUGGACACAGACAUAUGACAUUGCAUUCUGCUUUAGUGGACUUUGUGUUCUGCUGGGUGGAUUUCUUCUGUUGGUGGCAGCUCUGCCAUGCUGGGACAACUGUAAUUAUCAGAGUGCAAAGCCACCUCCAAAUACUUACUCCUACACAGUUGCAUCUAGUGUUUAAAUGGCAGCUGGAAAACACUUCAAUGCCUUUUUAUACUAUGUACUAUAUAACAAAAUGUUUUAGUAAUUUUUCCACUUAUUUAUGAAAUACAAAAAUCCUUUUACAAAUAGAAAAAAAUCCAAUGAUGCUUGACAUUCAUUUUUUUUUUUUUUUUAAGAAUGGUCUUGCUUCUUCUACUUUAGACUGUGGGUUUGUCUACACUACAAUAAGAAACCUGUAGCACCAAGUCUCGGAGCCUGGGUCAGCUGACUUGGGCUGGGGGCAUGGGCUAAAAAUUGCAAUGUAGAUAUUUUGGGAGUGGGCUGGAGUCUGGUCUCUGAGACCCACCCCCAUCAUGGGGUUUCAGAGCCCGGGCUUCAGUCUGAGCCUGAAUGUGUGUCUACAUUGCAAAUUGCAGCCCUUCAACCCAAGUCCCAUAAACCUGAGUCAGCUAGCCAGGGCCAGCCACAGCUGUGCCAACGCUCUCUUAUUGCAGAGUAGCUGUACUCCAUGUGUUCAGCCUCCAUCUACUGUCACUUCCUUUCACCCAGUAAUGGGGAUAUUCUGCUGUAUUAUCAUCAGCUCUAUUUUUGUUGUUGUUUUAUGAAAAAAAAUCUUAUGCUGUAGCAAUUUGGAAUAUAUUAGAAGGCCCUUUUCUUAAUGGAAAAGGAUGGCACUAAUGUCUCCAAUAGUUGUACAAUGAGAGGCUUGAAAAAAAUACCUUAUCACCUAGAAUGCAAUACAUUGAUGAGGUGCUUAUAUCAUGGUAAGGUAAAUGUUUCCUUUUUUAAGGUUCCCCACUUUACUGUAAAGUGCUAAUGAGGAAAAACUUCUAUUGUAUAACUGAAGUAAACAUUAUGGUAAAACUUAACAUUUUGCAUACCACUGCAAACUAAGAUGCUAUGCUCCAAAUAUUUUGCUGCACACUUUUUGAAGUUUGUUUAAAAACUGUUGAACCAAAAUCUUUCAAACCAAGGAAUAAAUAUGAUUUUUUGAAACCA